AUGCAAAGCGUAAAGUGUUUAUCGGAAGCGAGUGAUGUAAAGUCGAAAUGUGAAUCGAACAGUGAUGUCGCAUCCUGUAAAGCUGAAGUAGGAGUAAAGAAGAAUGCAGCUGACCAAGUUAGCUGCACGCUGCAUGGUCAGGAGUUUAGCGCAAUCCGAGCGCACUGCCUAGCGAACGGGACUCUGUUCGAGGAUCCCACGUUUUCCGCCUCAGAUUUCUCGAUCUACACUUCACCGCCACCGAAUCGUGGAAAAUCCGGGAUAAAAUGGAAACGGCCGCAGGAAAUUGUGGAUGAUCCGCAGUUUUUCACCGACGGAUACUCGCGGUUCGACAUCAGACAGGGAGAACUGGGAAAUUGUUGGUUCCUUUCGUCCUGUGCCAGUCUGGCCUCGAAGCCACACCUCUUCGAGCGUGUUGUCCCAACGGAUAAUGGGAAUUUCUCGGAUAAGGAUCAGUAUGCCGGUGUAUUUCACUUCCGUUUCUGGCAUUACGGCCGGUGGGUCGAGGUGGUAGUCGACGAUCGGUUACCGGUUACUCGGGGCGAGGAGCUGCUGUAUGGCCGUUCCUCGGUGGAGAACGAAUUCUGGAGUGCUCUGUUGGAGAAGGCUUAUGCAAAGCUACACGGCUGCUACCACGCCCUGGCAGGUGGUACCGGUUGGGAAGGUACAGUGGACCUAACUGGCGGGUUGGCCGAGACGCAUACGCUCAAAGGUUGGCAACCAAUCGAUUUGUUCGAACGGCUGGAGAAAUGUACGGUACGGGACACGCUCGUGACGGCAGGAAUCCUAAAGGUAGAGACGGAUGAUCUGCUGCGGCUGGUGAACCUUGUCAAGGGGCACGAGUACUCGAUCACACGAGUGGAGAGACUGCACUCGCAUAAACACAUGAUCGGUAUGGAGGACCAGGAGCCACGUGAAAUACGCUUGAUCUGUUUGCGGAAUCCAUGGGGAUAUGACGAGUGGAAUCGAGCGUGGAGUGAUGAAUCGAGUGAGUGGGAAAGGGUGACAAGUAAGAAACGGAAACAACUGUGCUCCGUGAAAGAGGAUGGCGAGUUUUGGAUGCAUUACGAUGAGUUCGUGACCUACUUCGAUGAUCUUACCAUCUGUCACCAGUGUCCUUCUUCGGUCCUGCAAGGUCAGAUGGCCUGCGAGCCGAACGAAAUGAUAACGCUCCACGGUCAAUGGGUACGCGGUGUAUCGGCCGGUGGUUCGGACAGUGCCAGCUUUUGCCGCAAUCCCCAGUAUCUGAUUCAGCUAGGCAAAGGAAACGAGCAAUCUGAGACUGAGAGUAACGAGAUCGAUGCGAUCGUAGAUUCACCGAUAGGCGUGACGAUUGGCUUAAGACCGAAGCAUAACCAUCGCCAAUCGGUAGACGAGAUACCUAUCCGCUUUCUCGUGUUCCCCGUUGGCCCAGAAGUCUCCGAUUGUACGCGAUCGCUACCGAAAAGUUUCUUCGAUUCUGCCACUGCCGUCGAUGGGUGUCCGGAGCUUAAGUCGGAGCGUGAAUUGGUUAAAAGGCUGCUGCUACCGGCAGGAAGAUACGUGAUAGUACCGCACACCUGGAAGCCACAGUUGAAUGGCGAAUUCAUUAUGCGCAUUUUCUCGGAAGGAUCACUUAAGGUCGAAUCGCUGGAGCAGUCGUUGGGAUGCACCACUAAUGCGGUUGAAAAAUAUAUCCCAACGAAUAAUUUUGACAAUGCGGUAUUACCAGUGACGAUUCAGGAGCUUCAAAAGAUGAUACAAUCAGCGUUUGACGGUCUUACUAUCGACGAAGAGACCUUGCGCACACUGGUUUACUGGUACGGUAAUCAGUCGAACGAAGGGUGUCUCCGGAGUGACGAAACCGAAGUGUUGCUACAAAACAUGACCUCGUGGGAGCUAAUUUUCCGGCAACACUGUAACGCGCCCGAUGGUAAGCUGUGUACCUUUGACCUACGAAAUGCACUAUUUGCCGGUGGUGUUCUGGUUGACACGCGAGCAUUGAGCACAAUUGUCCACGUGCACCAGUAUCUCCCCAUGGAUCUCGCUACGUUCGUUGUCUGUGCGAUGGAAACUCGUGAAAUAAUUGAAUGGUGCACCAUGCGGGGCCUGGCACAACCUACAACGGCAAUGUACUUCAAGGAACUUUACGGCCGGAGGAAGCUGUUGGAUAUGUGUUUGAAAUCCCAACUUACGGUGGAUAUGAAAAAUGCGCGACCUUGA